GUGUGCGAUGGGUUAACGCUAGACGGCCUCGCCUCACCUUUUCACGAGCGUCACCCGAGUGUGAGAGCGGUCCUCGCGUCCGAAGCGGGAAAACCAGCGUCGCGCGCUGUCGGAUACCCCCCCCCACCCCGCUUUAAAAAAAAUUUUUUUUUACAUUUUCUUUUCUAAAACGACCCCGCCUCACAUCCCCCGGCUCCUCCACCGAGGCAGGACCGCCGAUUUAAGCGCUGAGGGGACAAGAGUUUGGGGGAACAAAACACAACGAAAACCAAAAAACCCGGACAACCUUUCCUCCGCUCCAGCAGCGCAGCGGGACCCGGCGGAUCAGAGUGACAGCCAUGAAAGACCGCAUGCAAGAACUUCGACACGGGAAGGAGACAGCAGAAGAGGAAGAUGAGGUUGCAGUGGGCAUGGAGAAAGGCUUUAUGGAUGAGUUCUUUGAACAGGUGGAGGAGAUCCGUGGGUUUAUCGAGUCUUUGGCAGAGAAGGUUGAAGAGGUGAAGAGGAAGCACAGUGCCAUCCUCGCCUCACCCAACCCUGAUGAGAAGACCAAGGCCGAGCUUGAGAAUCUUAUGGCAGACAUCAAGAAGUUGGCCAACAAAGUGCGCUCCAAGUUAAAAAGUAUCCAGCAAACCAUUGAGCAAGAGGAGGGGCAGAACAGGUCAUCAGCUGACCUCAGGAUACGCAAGACACAGCACUCCACACUGUCACGCAAGUUUGUAGAGGUGAUGUCGGAGUACAACACAACCCAGUCAGACUACAGGGAGCGCUGCAAGGGGCGCAUCCAGAGACAGCUGGAAAUCACUGGGAGGAACACAACAAAUGAUGAGCUGGAAAGCAUGUUGGAGAGCGACAACCCAGCUAUCUUUGCCUCUGGGAUCACCAUGGACAAUAUCACCCAGCAAGCAAUGAAUGAGAUUGAGACACGGCACAAUGAGAUAAUCAAGUUGGAGAACAGCAUUAGAGAGCUCCAUGACAUGUUCAUGGACAUGGCCAUGCUAGUGGAGAGCCAGGGGGAGCUGUUGAACAACAUCGAGCAAAGUGUGCUGGGGGCCCAGGAAUACGUGGAGCAGGCCAAGGACAACAUUACCAAAUGCAAAAAGAUGAGAAAGACUAGCAGGCGGAAGGUGAUCCUGGUAGGAGUUUGCGUUGCAGUAUGUCUGAUCAUCCUCGUCAUUUCCCUCGCAGUUGGACUCAGUUAG